GAAGAAGUUUGUUUUCAAGCGUAUUUUGAUAAUGCAGAUUUUUUUAGCGGAGAUCUGGCAACCCUGGUAGUACAUAACACAACGUGCGAUUUUAAACAUGGCAGCUCCUGCCGGGUCGCCGUCUUCGACGCAUAACACCGCGGGUAUGGAGGGCUUCCCGUUCCCCGUGGCUGGCAGACCGCCCGAGGAAAGCACGAGUAAGGAUCAGACCACUACCGGAGAACCGAAAAAGAAACCGUGCCGAGCGUGUAUGGAUUUUAAAUCAUGGAUGAAGUUGCAGAAACAGACGUCCUCCGCUUCAGUGCAGGAGAGCAGGGCGGUGGAGGAGGCUAAGCCUGUUGAAUGCCCUCUGGACAGAGAGGAACUGGGCAGGAGCUCAUGGUCUAUUCUUCACACUAUGACUGCAUAUUAUCCAGACGCACCGACCACAGAACAACAGGGGGAGAUGACACAGUUCAUCAAUCUCUUCUCAAAGGUUUUCCCAUGUGAUGAAUGUGCAGAGGACCUGAGAUCAAGAUUGAAAACGAAUCAACCAGAUGCUAGCAGUCGGCACAACCUCUCACAGUGGAUGUGUCGCCUCCAUAAUGACAUCAACAUCCGAUUAGGCAAGCCAGAGUUUGACUGCAGCAAGGUGGAUGAGCGGUGGCGAGAUGGCUGGAAAGAUGGAUCUUGUGACUGAAAACCUCCAACACAAUCAUGAACAUGAGCAAUAUGCAGCCACAAACACUGAUUCUCUGGACCUGUCCUUUUCGUUACAAGUACCAUUCAGGAGUCAUGCAUAAACAUGAUACAUGUUGACUUUGCACUAAUUGAUAAGAGUGAUUUAUUCAUAUAUAUAGUUUUCUGUAUUGUGCUUUUAAUCAAGAGCAUUGCUGUCUACAAGUGUAUGGCAUUAUGUCCCAUAUUAUUUUGUAAUUAUUGAGCUCUCUGUGGAUGUGAACAGCCCAGAGGCAACUGGAUGAGCUUUGUAAAAAUCUGUGCGACAGCUGGAAACACAAAUACUUUGUUUAGAGCAGUGGUUCUCAGUAUUUUUAACUUCAAGAUCCCUCAUUGUAAAACAAUAACUGAAUAUUCCCCAAGAUAUUUCUGCUAGAAUGAGAUGGCUGCUCAUUUAGAAAUAUUUUAUUGACAGAAACGUGGAGUGGCAAUUAAAGGAAUAGUUUAAGAAUGAAAAGAUUGCUGAAAAUUCAUUUACCAUCAUGCUAUCCAAAAUGUACAUGAGUUUGUUUCUUCAUUAGAAAAGAUUUAGAGAAAUUCAUAUAUUUAUAUCAG